UCCAACUUGCCAUGCCUAUGUCCACCGUUCCUGCCAUUGCAUCUCCUACUACGGUGCUUCCCUCGGGUACCCUGCUUGCCGACACCGACUCUAUCACGUCGACGUCACUCCUUUGCAAGAUUGGCGAGCUGGCGGCACGGACUGUCGGUCCGCUGCCGCAGAACGACGACACCAUUGCUGCUGCCACCAACGCGGACCUCUUUGCCUUGCCACGCGCCAUCGCCCUCGGCACUAUCGAUGACAUCCUUGCACCCAUGAUUGGCAAGGCGCUCCGCCGCUGGGCACUCCAGGCUGCGCCGCAGCUCAUAGCCAAGGCUGGCCGCGGCGCGCUCGUCGUCGCCGCGCACGGCCCGCUCCUCCCGACCAACGUGACUGUUGCUCAGGACGGGAAGGUCUCGUUUGCCGCAGGCGAGCUGCCUAUGCUCCCGCAGCUGCGAGUGAUUCAUCUUGCUCAGUCGUGCGCGGCGCUCGCCGCCUCGGCCGCCGACCCGAUCGAGGCUGCCGCCGCCGUCGUCGCCGGCUACACCGCCAUCGCACCGCUGGCCGGGCACGAGCUCGAUCUGUUCUUUGACACCAUGCUUGCUGCUGUGGCCCAGGCCGCUCUUGCUGAGGGGACCAAGGCGAGCGGUGAGGCGCUCGCGGCGCUCUCGGCCGUCCAUCCUCGGUGGGCGCGGUAUCGGCUCCGCGCCGCUGCUGGCCUCGCCGAUGCGGUUCCCGGCGCGGCGCUGCUAAAGACGGCUUUGGCUAACCCAGACCUUGCAGUUGCGCCGCUGGUGGUGGGCUCGCCUGCCACACUGCGGCCGAGCGGGAAGGCAUCGAUCCACACGGCGGUAACCACUGUGCCGGGUGCGACCGUGUGCGCCGUGCUCGGCGGCAGCGUCCACGCGCUUGGCAGCACCGCCGAUGGCGACGUGGUGGUCAUGGCGCAUGCCAUCGGUGAUGUGCUUGAUGCCCGGGUGGCGGCGCAGGCACAGAUUUCCACCUUCUACACGGUAUACUCAGGGCUGGACGCCGGUGCGGCGGCCGGACUCGACGUCGGCCUUGCCCUUGUGGCCGGGACCGAGAUUGGCAAGGCGGCCGAGGCCGGUCGGGUCUGGUUCCAGCUGGCGCUUGAUCUCUGUGGCAACGAGCUGGGCUUCAGUGAGCCGAUGGCAGCUGAGGCGGCGGGGGUGUUCGAUGCGCUCACGCCCAACGGCAACAUUUUGCUCCGGAUGGGCGGCGAGAAUGAGAACGAGGCGUCGAGCGAGGCGUCAGCGUCGUCGGCGUCGUCGAGCCGGGCCGAGGAGGACGCGAUGGUGGCACGGCGAGAGGCUGUUCUUGCGCCCAACUUUACGCUGCUCUUUGACAAGCCGCUGCACAUUGUCCGCGGCGAGGGGCAGUACCUGUACGCCGCUGAUGGGACGCAGUACCUCGACUGCGUCAACAAUGUGUGUCACGUCGGGCACUGCCACCCGCGGGUGGUGGCGGCCGGCGCCGCGCAGAUGGCGGUCCUCAACACCAACUCCCGCUACUUGCACAGCAACCUCAUCAACUACGGCGAGAAGCUGCUCGCCAAGUUCCCUGAAGAGCUCUGCGUGGUGUUCUUUGUCAACUCAGGCUCAGAGGCCAACGACCUCGCGCUGCGGCUGGCACGGGUGGCGACUGGCGGCAACGCGUCGGUGGUGAUGGAGGGCGCAUACCAUGGCCACCUCAGCUCGCUCAUCGAGCUCUCGCCGUACAAGUUUGAUGCGCCCGGUGGUGUGGGCAAGCCGCAGCACGUCCACGUGGCGCCGCUGCCGCACAAGUACCGCGACCCAGCAGCGUGUGACGGCGCCGCGGUCGGAGCCAAGAUUGUGGCCGACGUCAAGGCGGCCGGUCAGAAGAUCAACGCCUUUUACUGCGAGUCGAUCAUCGGAUGUGGUGGGCAGAUUGUGCUGCCGGACGGGUACCUCGCCGGGAUGUACGAUGCGAUCCGCGGCGCCGGCGGCGUGACGAUUGCCGACGAGGUGCAGACCGGGUUUGGCCGCGUCGGCUCGCACUUUUGGGCGUUCGAGACGCAGGGCGUGGUGCCGGACAUUGUGACGAUCGGCAAGCCGAUGGGCAACGGCCACCCAGUGGCCGGCGUCGUCACCACCCGGGCCGUCGCCGACGCCUUUAACAACGGCAUGGACUACUUCAACACCUACGGCGGUAACCCGGUGUCGAUGGCGGUCGGCCUGGCGGUGCUCGAGACGAUCGAGGCCGAGGGCCUUCAGGCCAACGCCGUUGUGCGCGGCGACCAGCUCAUGACCGGCCUCGCUGCGCUCAAGGACAAGUACCCCAUGGUGGGCGACGUCCGCGGCAUCGGCCUCUUCAUCGGCGUCGAGCUGGUGACCGACCGCGAGAGCUUCGAGGCUGACGGCGAAGCUGCGCGCAAGGUCGUGGAGCACAUUCGGCACAAGUGGCACAUCUUUGUCUCGCCCGACGGUCCGGGCCACAACGUGCUCAAGGUCAAGCCGCCGGUGUGCGUGACAGAAGCCGACUGCGAACGUGUCAUCGCGGCCUUUGAUGACGCGCUUGCUGCACUGUCGCAGUGAGCGGCGCCUUGCUACUUUACUAUUCUCCCUCAACAAAGCCAAACGAAUUGUUUAUUGCAACCCAAAUGAUGUCAUUGCUUCUGCGAUCGCUUGCCGUUGACCUCGGCAAAGAUGCUGUCGAGGAGCUGCGAGGGAUGGCGGGCCUUGACCAUGCGAUCGCGGGCAUCGCGGCGGCGGUUCUUGAGCUUGCGGCGCUUGUACUUGGACAUAGACUUGUUGC